GGCAGGCAGCGGGCCCGCACGUCAGCGGGGCGGGCGGCGGCGGCGCCGUUAAAGGCCGGCGGCGGCAGGGGCUGUGCUCGGAGCCGGCGGCGGAGCGAGGCAGAGCGAGGAGGAGGCGGCGGCGGCUCCUCCGGCCACCAUGUCGGGCACCCGGGCGUCCAACGACCGCACCAGCCACCCCGGCGGCGGCGGGCUCAAGCGGGCGCGCAGCGAGCCGGGCGGUAACAAAGUGACGGUGGUGCUGGGGGCGCAGUGGGGGGACGAAGGCAAAGGCAAGGUGGUUGACCUGUUGGCCACCGAGUCGGACGUGGUGUGCCGGUGCCAGGGUGGUAAUAACGCAGGUCAUACUGUGGUUGUUGAUGGGAAAGAAUAUGAUUUCCACCUGUUUCCUAGUGGCAUCAUUAAUCCAAAGGCAAUUUCUUUCAUUGGUAAUGGAGUGGUUAUACAUUUACCAGGCCUAUUUGAAGAAGCUGAAAAGAAUGAGAAGAAAGGUUUAAAAGAUUGGGAGAAAAGAUUGAUUAUAUCAGAUAGAGCACAUAUAGUGUUUGACUUUCACCAGGCAGUAGAUGGGCUCCAGGAAGUGCAACGUCAAGCACAAGAAGGAAAAAAUAUUGGCACAACAAAGAAGGGGAUUGGACCAACAUAUUCUUCCAAAGCUGCACGAACAGGUCUUCGAAUUUGUGACCUCCUUUCUGACUUUGAUGAAUUUUCUUCAAGAUUUAAAAACCUGGCACAACAAUACAAGUCAAUGUUUCCAACAUUGGAAAUAGAUAUAGAAGGACAACUGAAAAAGCUAAAGGGAUAUGCUGAAAAAAUAAGACCGAUGGUUCGAGAUGGCGUAUAUUUUAUGUAUGAAGCUCUACAUGGCUCCCCAAAGAAGAUCCUUGUUGAAGGAGCCAAUGCAGCACUACUUGAUAUUGACUUUGGCACGUAUCCUUUCGUGACUUCAUCGAACUGCACUGUAGGUGGUGUAUGCACUGGACUUGGUAUUCCCCCCCAGCACGUUGGUGAUGUGUAUGGCGUGGUGAAGGCGUAUACUACUCGGGUGGGAAUUGGAGCCUUCCCAACUGAGCAGAUUAAUGAAAUUGGAGAUCUUUUACAGUCCCGUGGCCAUGAAUGGGGAGUAACAACAGGCAGAAAGAGACGCUGUGGCUGGUUAGAUCUUGUCAUUUUGAAAUAUGCUCAUAUGAUCAACGGAUUCACUGCUUUGGCCUUAACAAAGCUGGAUAUUCUUGAUGUCCUUGAUGAGAUUAAAAUUGGUGUUGCUUACAAAUUGGGUGGAAAAAGAAUUCCAUAUUUUCCAGCUAAUCAAGAGAUAUUACAGAAGGUGGAAGUAGAGUACGAAACAAUGCCUGGGUGGAAGACUGACACAACUGGUGCACGAAAAUGGGAGGACCUCCCACCCAAGGCCCAGAAUUACAUCCGAUGUGUGGAAAACCACGUUGGAGUGCCAGUCAAAUGGGUCGGAGUUGGAAAAUCAAGAGAGUCAAUGAUCCAGCUGUUCUAAACAAAGGAAGAACUUCAGUGAUGAGAAGCACAGUUCAGUGUUCAUCUGUUCCUUACUGCUGCUUCUUCAAAUGGAGACACUAUGUAAAACCAACAUGUUCUUCUAGGAAUUGAAUAGAAACAAAAUACGUAUUCUGCAUUGUACCAUUUUAUUUAUCUUAAUGUCUCAGCACAUUCACUGUAAAAUCUACUUGGUGGCCAUCAUCAAAAAAAAAGUGCAUAACGAAGUAAGGAAAAUAUAUAUUUUAAUUUGAGCCAUGUUACUAUUCGAAAGACAUCCAGAGUUAUUCCUUCUUGCUGAAGCUGGUAUUAAACCUUUUCCAGCAGUUACUGGGUGACUUUAGAAUUGUGAAGAUUGCAUUUAUUCUUCAGGUGUUAAAAAGUCUGUGUCUUUAGAUUGGCAGUAAUAAAAGAGACACUGUGUACUUAGAGUGUAGGAUUAUACAGAUUUUCAAUUUAUAAAAUACAGUAAAGUUAGGUAGGUAUUUUUGACUGCACAAAGCAAAGCAAAUACAAUUAUCUAUAAUUUUUAUAUAACUAUUUUUAUAAGAGCCCACUAAAAUGUAUGGAGAGAAGCUAAAGUAUUUUUAUCACAGAGCCUAUUCUAGUAACUGAAGUUACACCUGCAGAGGGGCCAAGCUGGAGAAAGUUGACCUAAUAAUUAUUUCAAAUACCCUGUGUACUAACAGGCAGUCCCUGUGGAGACUGUCAGAUGUGCAGUCUUCAUUUUAUGCAGUAGGUAAGGAGUGAAUGAAGAUGGAAGGAAAGGUCCUCAGGGUACAAAACACAUGGGGAGAGUGGAGCCCAAACAACACAUUGUGUUUCCUCAGUGAACCUGAGAUAUUUCUUCCUGCUAAUGCAGUGAUUGUAAUUUCCAACGUUUUACUGUAGUUAUCUGUUGAGGAUCUUGGGACUUGCGGCUCUGUAUGGCACACUCGCUUCCACAGCUCCUAUGUUUCCAAGAAUAAAUCAAUGCAUGACUUAA